CCGAGAAGGCGCUGCUGCGGAGCCAGCUGGACCAGACGGCGCUGGGCAAGAAGGAGCUGGAGGAAAACUGCCGCAAAGCGGGGACGGCGCUGGGCAAAGCGACGCAGGAGCAGGAGAGCUGCCGGCGGGAGCUGCAGGGCACCCGCACGCUCUGCGAGUCCACCCGCAACAACCUGGAGCUGCUGAAGCACGAGUGUCGCUCCCUGCGCGAGGACGUCAGCUACUCCUUCCAGCGCAUCAAGGAGAUGGUGCGGCCGUACAGCUGCGGCGCCGUGGACGAGCAGCUCAGCGCCCUGGCGCAGCGCACGGAGCGCCUCUUCCUCUGGCAGCAGGAGCGGGACAGCAAAUACGUGGGGAAAAGCGUCUGUGACAUGAACCUGCUCCAGUGUCACCUCAACUGCUCCGGGGAGAAGGAGGAGUUGGGGAAACGGCUGAUGGAUCUGGAGAAACAGGUGAAGAGCGGCCAGGAGGAGAAGAAGAAGCUGCUGGGGGAGAAGGAGCAGCUGGGCAAGGAGCUGGAGGAGAAGAGCAAAGCCGCCGCGCAGGCGGGGUACUUCAAGGAGCAGCUCAACAUCUGCAUGGGCUCCAAGCUGGACGCCUUCUUCGACAUCACGGGCUCGCGGGUGCCGGGGGCCAGCGGGCGGCCAGGACCCUUCCCCAGCACCGGCUCCUACAUGGAUGCUCUGCGGAACCAGG